AUGUCAGCUCAACAAUUAGGAAUUCUCGUCAGAUCUCAGCAAGAUCUCAAGCGGGAUUUGAAGUUACAAGGACAUGUUUCUAUUGUUGCCGUUCGGGUCUGCAAUGGCCAUAUGUUUGCUGUGAUUGAUGAACGAACUGUGCUACAUCAGCCUCUUUCGACGAACAAUAAACCCACUGAAAUCAAGGUCCCCGUUGGACCUGCUGAUACCCUUGCCAAUAUCUUCCUUUCUCCACUGGGACAACACUGCUUGGCUACCACAAAGCAGGGUGAAAACUUCUAUGUACAAGUGAAGUCGGGCGUUGCUUACUCACUAAAAAAGAUCAAGGGUGUACUGAGUAGUGUGGCGUGGAAUCCGGAAUGCAAUAAAGAUGGCGAAACGGGUCACAUUUUGCUAGGUACAACGCAAGGUGCGAUUAUUGAAACCACGAUAUCGUCAACUGGUGUGGCAAGUUUUGUGAAGGAGCAUACUUCGAGUUUUGGUGGCGAGAAGAAGCUUGGUAUUUCUGAUCUUUAUUUGUACAUGCUUAACGAUGAUAAUCCGAAAGCGGCAAAAUGGUUGAUGUUAGUCUGUCAGCCUGGUCGGUUAUACUCAGUCUAUGCUUCUAUUGAUACGUCUGCUCCAGCAAAAUCCAACUAUAUUGGAGCGGCAAACCUGCAGGCUGGGUGGAUCUCCAUGCCAGAAGCACCUCCUCAUAUAUUCCACCCAUUUUUCUCAACUAAAGAUUCUCAACAAAUAUGUUUGUCAAUGCAAAGCACAGUAUCGUCUCAAAGUCUUCAUGAAUUGAGUGCACUUCUGGUGUAUCCUCCUCAGGGAGAGGCUCAUCGUUUUCUCUGGAUGGGACCUGAUGGAAUAACAAUCGGAAAAAUUAAUCUUUUCGCUGACAAACCUCGAGAUAUUGUUGAAGAAGAAGAUCACAUGGAGCACAGGCGUUUCGAGGGCCGGCUCGAGCGUCCCACCGGAGUGUCGUUGACCGAUUAUCACAUGCUUCUUGCAUAUCCCAAUAGGCUCACAGCUUUGUCGAUUUAUACAAAAACUGUGGUAUACGAGGAUGUCUGGCCAACGGAGUUUGGUACUUCUCUCGGUUUGGUGAGCGAUCCAACAUCAGAGUUUCACUGGCUUUACACUAGUCAUGUGACGAUGAAAUACAAGCCAGUAGAUGAGAACAGAUACGUCUGGAGAGUGUUCCUCGAACGUGGAGACUAUGCCAAAGCUCUCAUGAUAGCUCGGAGUAGGUUAGAGAUUGAUCCUGAAGCUCACGAGCUGGUCUUGAAGCGGCAAGCAGACAAAUACAUAGCUGAGAAAAACUUCACAGCAGCUGCGGAAAUUCUGGCCCAAUCCACUGAGGCUUUUGAAGCUGUUGUCCUGAAGUUUAUGUCGGCUGAUGAUCCUAGACAUUUGGGAUUGAAGACUUUGCUGGAGAAAAAACUGGAUGUAAUGGUACGUCCCGAGGAUCGGCUGCGACGAGAAAUGCUGGUAAUAUGGCUUUUGGAAAUCCAACUAGCUGAAUUAGCGGAAGCACGACGUGAGGGUCGUGAACAGGAAAGUGCUGAUCUCGCUACUCAUUUGCAACGCUUCCUAAUGAGGAAGAACGUUCAUGACAGCGUGGUUGUCAAUAAAGAUGCUGUAUACAGUCUGAUGGCGUCACAUGCUGAUUUCGAUUCACAAUUAUUCCUUGCUAAACAGAUUGGAGAUUUCGAUAAAGUUAUUUCUAUUCAUUUGAUAAGGGAACGAUAUAUGGAAGCACUAGAAAUACUGAAAAGCCAGGCAAGAUCUCAACUUAGGUGUUGGCUUGCUGUUAUCCGAAUUCGAAUGUAUUCAGCAACGCAUGCGCUCAAGUACCUUGAGUGGGCUGUGACAAAUCACGGUGCUGCCGAGGACACAGCACUCCAUAAUCUUCUUCUCCUUCUAUACGCCCGGUUUCGACCGAGGCGCCUCCACGAAUAUCUUACAAAGUGCGGUUUUGACAAGACGGCUGUGCCAUAUGAUCUCGAUUUUGCUUUGAGAACAUGUGAACAAUACAAGCUGGAGAAGUCAACCGUGUAUUUGUACUGCGUAUCAGAGAUGUUCACUGAUGCUGUCGAUCUUGCUCUGAAGGCGUUCCCGGAUAAUGGUGUGACAAUAGCGAAGGAGUGUGCGCAUAUGAUGGAUCCGGAUGAAGAAGAUGUUAUAAUGGGGCUUGAGCCAAAAUUCUCUGUGGAGUACAGAAGAAGGAUAUGGUUGAAAAUCGCUUCCUUCGUUAUUGGUAAAGGCGAAAACGCGGCAGAUAGCCUAGCCUUGUUGAAGGAGUCAGGAGACGUUAUUUCGAUCCAGGACAUUCUCCCAUUCUUCCCUGACUUCACGGAAAUCAAAGACUUCAAGGAGCCUCUCUGUGAGUGUCUAAAGGAACACUCCAUCAAAAUCCAGGAGCUUCAACAAGCUAUGAAGGAUGCCACACUCAUGGCCCAGGAGAUCCGGGAAAAGACCGAACGUCUUCGAGAUCGGGUGACCAUCGUGAAGGCUGGAGAUGUGUGCGCUAAAUGUGAGCGCUCACUGGUUGGGAGGCCUUUUCAUGCUCAUCACUGCCGACAUUUCUUUCAUCGAGAGUGCUUGGAAGAAGAAAUGAUGCCGUUCCUGAGUGAGGAAUCAAAAGCCCGCCUCGCUGAUCUUGAAGCCACCGAGAAGAGGUUGUUUGCGCAGCUUCAAGCUGCCGACCGAGUCCCUUCAGCUACCGACAAGUUCGCUGAUGAGAGGAAGGCACGUUUCAUGAAGGUUACUUGCGAGAUUAAUGAAAUAAUUGGUACCCAGUGUCCGUUGUGUGGAUUGACUGCUAUCGAAUUAAUCGAUAAGCCCUUCUUCACGGAUGAACAAUUCGAAGCGGAUCGCGAGUCCUGGGAGAUUGAAUAA